AUGUUAGAAGGCUAUGAUAAUGAGAAAAAGCAAUAUCUUGUUCAGGGAUUUAAGGAAGGGUUUCGCAUUCAUUAUGAUGGGGGAGAAUUUAAGCCCACUUGUCAGAACCUAAAAUCCGCAAAAGAGUUUCCUCACAUUAUCAAAGACAAAUUACAAAAAGAACUUAAGGCUGGGCGUAUAGCAGGACCAUUUAUUACCCCACCAUACAAUGAUUAUCAUACUAGUCCCAUAGGCGUUGUCCCUAAGAAAGAACCUGGUAAAUUUCGCAUGAUCCAUCACCUUAGUCACCCAAAAGGCUUUUCAAUCAAUGAUGGAAUCAGCCCAGAAUCAUCAACUGUCCAAUAUGCCACCAUAGCUGAUGCUAUAGGAAAAAUUAAACAGUUGGGACAGGGAUGUUUUUUAGCUAAGACGGAUAUCGAGUCAGCUUUUAGAAUAGUACCUAUCCACCCAGAUGACAGAAAGAUGUUGGGUUUACAAUGGGAAGGAAAAUUAUAUUUUGACAAGUGCUUACCUAUGGGUUUAUCUGAAAGCUGCAAAAUAUUUGAAGAGCUUAGUACAGCCCUUGAAUGGGUCGUUGCAUCCAAAUUCAGGUCCCCUGGUGUGGUUCAUGUUCUAGACGAUUUUCUUUUCAUUGCCAGAACUAAAUCAGAAUGUGAAGCUAUACUUAAUUCUUUUCAAGAUAUGUGUUCAUUCAUAGGUAUUCCAUUAGCUCCCGAAAAAACCUUUGGGCCAGCCCAGGUCUUACCAUUCCUAGGCAUUACUUUGGACUCUGUCAACAUGGAAGCUAGGCUCCCUAAAGAUAAAUUAGUUAAAUGCAGUGAACUAAUCACUCGCUUUAAAACACGCAAAAAGGUCACAUUGAAAGAAUUACAGUCCCUCAUAGGAACAUUACAAUUUGCUACAACUGUAGUAUUGCCAGGUCGUGCGUUCUUGCGCCGCCUUAUUGAUUUAACCAUUGGAGUUCACAAGUCCUUUCAUCUUCUUCGACUUACAAUGGCAGCUAAGGCUGACCUCAUUAUGUGGGAGGAGUUUUUACAGGGUUUUAAUGGUUCUCAGUUUUUCUUAGACGAAAGAUGGUUGUUUAGUAACAACAUCAAUUUUUUCACAGACUCGUCCUUCAUAGGUUUUGGGGGUCUAUACCAAAACCAGUGGUUCUGUGGAACUUGGGUCCCUAAAGUAAAGGAAAAACGGGUUAAUAUAGCUAUUUUAGAACUCUAUCCCAUUGUGUUGGCUAUUCUUGCUUGGGGUGAUCAACUCAAAAAUAAAUGCAUUUGGUUUUUUACUGACAACCAGGCUUUGGUUCCGGUCAUUAAUAAACAAUCUGCUCGAGACCCAUUUAUUAUGCGGCUUAUUCGCAAGUUAGUUUUGUCCUGCCUUCAGUACAAUAUUCUGUUUAAAUGCGUACAUGUUAGAGGUCAUGACAACUUGCUAGCCGACGCCUUGUCUCGUUUACAGGUAGAGAAGUUCAAAAAAUUGUGUCCAUCAGCCUCCCCAGAGCCAACUCCAGUGCAGGCACUAUUGGAUCAGGAACUUUACCUGCUACAUUAA